AUGGAAGCAUCAAGUGACGCUGUGGACGCAGCUAUAGCACGUAUGACCGAGCUGCUGCGAUCGCCAGACGAUCUGGUGAAAGUUAGUUUGUUGCGUAAAAGGUUUGCCAAAGAGAAAGCAACAACCGAUGCGCAAUUGAAGACAGGGGUGAAGGCACAGUUGGAUAAUACCAGACAGGGCUUAGAGACACUUGAUACGUCCAGAAAGGAAAUGAUAGUUAUUAAAGAAAAUAUGCAAGGAAUAGAUAAGCUUUGCUCCUCAGCACAAGGAAUGAUACAACACUUUCCUAGGAUUAGUCAGAUUUCUCAAGUACAUAGGAACUUUGUCGCCACCGAAGAGACAAUAAACAAAUUGCAAGAGAUGUAUACGAAGCUUGAUACGAUACGUGAACUCUUGUCUAAUGAUAAGCAGGAUCCAACGGGUCCGGCCAAGAACUUGUUACUUGUCCACUUUCAACUGUUUCAUUUGGCAGAAUUUAAAGAUAACACAAUGUUCCAAGCAAAGAAUGCAUCACAGGACGUCACAGUAACGUUACAAAAAUACUUUAAACCUUUGGACGAUCUGCUAGAGGUGUUUGAGAAUUAUUUGUGGACCUUGACGAGGAAUCUAAUUGACUUGGCCAGACUUGGUAGAGGCACGGUGGUUGUUCGUUUGGUGAAAAUAAUUGAGGCUGAAGAACAGGCAGAUGAGCGGGCAACGACAGCUGAACAAGCACGACAAUCUCAUCAGGAUCUGGCUACAAAAUUCAAAUCAAUACGGACAAGUCCACGUACAAUUAGAUCAUAUAGAAGCAAGUUUUUGAAUAAAUUACAUGUUUCCAUCUCCGAUAUGUUUAAUAGCUUCUUUGAUGGAUUCAAGGAAGAUCCCCCGCAGCUAUUAGAAAACACUGAAUUCAUCUAUGACGAUCUAAAGCUUGUUAAUGUGGAACUAGUACCAAAAUUUCCAAAGAAGUACAAUAUUUUUGCAGUAUUUGUAUUAGAGUAUCAUAGACACAUAUAUAAUAUGCUUGAUAAGUUAUCCAAGUCCGAUCUGGAUGCAGUUACAAUGCUGAGGAUGAUUAAAUUUGUUCGUAGAUAUCACAAGAGGAUGGCAAAGGAACUUCGUGUGCCUGAAGAUAUGCUAGAGCCACGUCUGCUAGAUGGUAGAGAGCAGGAACUCGUUGAUGACUAUAUGAAACUAGUACACAGCAAAUUGGAAGAGUGGAGCAAGAACUUGAUGAAUGAUGAAGUUGGCGAAUUCGUACAACGUGCAAAGCCUCCUGAAAAAGACGCUGACAUGCUGUAUCUACUGCAAGGGGCAGUCAUUAUGUUCCAAAUGGUCAAUCAGCAGAUUGACGUCGCAGCGGAAUCGGGACAAGCAAAGAUACUUGCUAAUGUAGUAAAGCAAUGUAGCGAAGUAAUGAUAGAUACGCAACAACAAUGGCUAAGGGUAAUAAAAUCGGAAGCAAAGAAGCAGAUGGAUCAGCGAGAGGAAGCUCCACCCGGUUUCGUGGAAUAUGUAAUGGCAUUGUCCAACGAUCAAAUAAGAUGUGCUGAAUUUACAGAAGAUGUAGUCAAGCGGCUCGAGCCAAUGUUGGCUGAACGAUAUCGCGCUCAAAUUAACGCUGAUUUGAACGUUGCAAUGGAUGGGUUUUUGAACGUAGCAAAAGUAGGUACGGAUACUAUAUUGGACGUGGUAUUCAAUGACCUUAAACGUCCCUUUAGCCAGAUGUACACUGCCGAAUGGUAUCAAAGCGAUCCGAUGUUAUUCAUAAUCGAGACAUUGAAGGACUAUACACAAGACUUUAAAAAUCAUCUUAACGCAUAUCUUUUGCAUACGCUGAUGAGUAGCAGCCUUGAACUUUUUCUGAUUGCUUGUUUUGAAGCGAUGCGACAACGUGGAGCCAAGUUUAGGAUGGGUGAAUUUAUUGAAAUAAUGCAUAAAGAUAUUCGCCUUGCGCGCGAUUUCUUCAUCCAGCUGAUUCCAAAGGACGAACUGGCUAUAAGAUUUGACGCAUUGGAGCGGCUAUCAGAAGUGCUUGCCGCUUCUCGUGCUACCAUAUACUUGGAAUAUUACAAAUUGAGGCAAUCAUUCGGAGACGUACCUGUUGGGUUAAUUGAGGACAUCCUAAGCAGGAGAGACGAUUUGGAGAGAUCACAUGUUAAAGAGAUUGUGGAAAAUAUUAAAAGCAAAGCAAAAGAUAGUGGUCCAUUUAACGGCGAACCCACAAUAUUCAGCAAGCUAAGCUCUUAA